UUUGGAAUUCAAAAUGGCGACGAUUAGGGUGGAGGAUUCUGGGGGAAAACACGUGGCUGUAGUCCUAAAACUUCAGCAAAACAAGGUCAAAUUCGCUGACUUCUGGAGCUUAUUUUCCACAAAAUGUACCAUAGUUCGGUCGAAUAGCAAUAUUAUUAACUAAUUUAGCUGCUAAGAGGUCGAUCAGUGGGAUACCGAGUGCGAAUUCAACAGGGCGUAGUAGCGACUAUCGGUGUCCGGAAGCAUCGCGUGCAAUGGGGAGCAAAUCCAAGCCGAAGGCCACAACAUUCGGCCCCACAACUCAAAUCUUGGACGUUAACUUGACGAAUGCGACGUUCGGCUUUCUACCAGCGGUCGGAUGGAAGGGAAAAUCGCCUGCUAGCGUUUCUAGAAGGGUUGAUUUACAGCCCGACUUGGACCUUCUGGGUGGCUUUGCCUUCUUGUCUUUCGAAUCGCUCGAUGAGCUCGAAACUCACAUUGAACACAACGAAACGAACUGUGCAGCUAUCAGCGUAACUAUUGGGCAAAAGAGGAAAGCUGAGGGUUCUGGCAAACGUCUCGGAGAUAACUGCGGGCUGUUUGUUCCGCCAAGCAAGAAGAAAGCGGCAAAGACCUCGAAGAAAAAGCCGCCGAAACAAAUUUCCACCUUGACAACGGCGGCGGCGUCAAAACCGAAGCACAGUUCGCCUGCAGAUGGUUUGAUCAAGUCCAAGAUCGAUAAAGUGUCAUCGGUAGGUACGAUUUUAGAUGACCGUGAGCUUUCUCAGUCUACUUCAAUCGACAUUUCUGCUAGCGGGAGUGAAAUGAAUGCGCAAUCUUCGACGAAUGUCUUCUCAGAAAUUUCGCUCCUGUGUUCAGAAACUGUAGAUUUAGGAGAUGACGAAGACACAGCACAAGACAUUUUCAAAAAACCUGAAAAAGCUGUGGUGGACAGGGGGGAUGGUCAACUUGAUUUGUCUGCUGCUCAAUUUAACCAAAGUGAGGGUGCAGUAGAGGGGAUUGGCACUUCCACUGAUCCAAUACCGAAGAAAAAAAAGAAGAAAAAACGGAAAAAUGAACAUUGUGAUCAAACGAGCCAAACAAAAUUUAGAAUAAAGAAAAAGAAGAAAUCUGAACCAAAAGCCCAAGUUUCAGAGAGCAUGUCCAAUGUGUUAUUGGAUCAUUUGGAAAAUGAUGAAUUUCCAAAUCCUGAGGAAUUUCCAGAUCUUCAUUUUCCAGGUGUUGAAAAUUCACAGGGUAAAGAUGAUGGUGAGGAAGACAACAAGAAUACUCAGGCAAAAUCCUUAUCAUCUAAGCCUAAGAUAGAAAAUGCCACAUGUGCUCGUACUGCAGUUUAUCCAGGAUUUUCCAGGGAUGGUAGUUUCAAAACUAAACUUCUUACUUCAGAAUCACCCAGUGGAGAACGUUUAAUAGACUUGACAGGUAAUACUUCUUCAGAGCUCAGUCAAGCAAAAAUGGCAGAAAAGAAUUCCCUGGACGGUUGUACUCCCCACAGUAGCGAUCGAGAUGACGAAACAACAAGUGUUAGUGUUCUGUCUGAUUUAAGUGAUCAUUCCUCAGACAUAGAGAUGUCUACAGAUCGCUGUGGUUGUUUUCUGUUGAACAAUAAGAUUGAAAAGGUUGAAAAGGAGGAAAUGGAGAAGGGAGAAGAAAUUGUGGAUGUCGAUGUUGAAACAGUUGGGAAAGAGAUGAGAAAAAAUUUUCUUGUGGUGAGCGGCAUUGAGGCAGGUCAUUUCAGUUAUCACCCAGAUAUGACAAAGGAUGGGACCAUAGAUACAUCCAUUCAAGCAUUACCCAAUGAGAUUGAUAUUUUCUUGCAAUGUGCCAAGAUGCAGGAAGGGGAGAUGAUAAAGAUCAUAAAUCCAGAUGAUUCUGAUGAAUUGCAUUCUCAUUUCAUGCAGAAAAAUGGUCGUAAUCCAGAUACCUCCAAUAAGAAAGCAACAAGAAGUGCCACGGAAAGAAAACGUCGCCACCACUUGGGGGAUUUAUUCAGUGAUAUGAAGCUGGAAGUUUUUACUGACCUAGUGGAUGCAGACUUGUAUUUCAGCAAGCAGUCUAUACUAAGCAAAGGAAUCAGUACUAUUGAAGAAUUGGAAAAAGGGUCCAAGGAAUUGAACAAUAAAAAGACACAGUUGAUGAAGACAAACAAAACACUGAAAGAGAAGAGGAAUCUGUUGAUGUUUGGUAAAGAAUCAAUUGACGUUGAUUCUGCAAAAGUUGAAACCAUAUUUCAGCGCCUUAACAUUCAAGUGGAUGAUGAAGAACUGCCAAAAACAGAAGAGAAUUUAAACAGCAGUGAAGAUGUAGUUGUGGAUGUGCCAAGUGAAUCAAAACUAGCAGUUGAACCUUCUGUUAAAGGUCGCCCUAGAGCAAAGAAAACAUUGCUGUCUCCUUGGGUUUCCAACAACAAACCAGCAUUGAAGAGCAGGGAUGAUCAGAACACAAUUGGUGCUAAUUUGGUCAAGAAAGCUAGUACACCAAGCCUAUUAGGAACAUCCAAAGAGAUUUUAGGUACAACCACGUCAUCAUCCCAGACUUUGCCAUCCUUGAACAUAUCCAAUGUGUCCUGUGGAGUUCAGACUCAGGAAGCUAGCAGCAUUUCCUUUAAAUCAUUUGUUUCAGGAAAUCCUCCCCUUUCACAGAGUUUGCCACCAGGCAACGGCACAGCAAAAAGCAAACCACUUAAUGAAUCAGCAAGUCAAGAAGGUCCCAAAGCAAAUUUGGUGAAGAUUUUACCCAAGCCAACAACAAUUCUUCAGUUGAAUCCAACACAGCACAAAGCCAUCAUUGAUACACUUGGACAGGUGAAGCAGCCAUCAAGUGAUAAGAUUAUUUGUAAUCUCUCAAGAUUAAGCACCACACAAAACCCCAGUAGUCCUUCCAGCAUUUGCAUCAUCAGGAGUGGACAACUUAUGAAGAACCUAGACAGCAAGAAUGUUAUGCAUCUCAAGAUUACAAACGACGCUCUGAAAAAUGUGGACAAUGGCAGUGGUAGUACUUCAUCAACAGCACCAGCAUCAUCAUCAAGCCAGCAAGUGUUAAAUACACCAGCAACAGCAAGGGUGCCAGGUUUUGUUACAUUGGGUGUUGCUAAAAUGCCUGAAACACCUGGCACAUCAAAUGGACAGACUUCCAAAAAACAUUCCGAAAACACUGUGCUGGUUUCGCAGAUUCCUCCGAAAUCAACAACUACUCCCAUCUCAUCCACCACCAAAUUGAUCUUUUCUGGAAAGCCACUUAGUACAUUAGCUUCGACCAGCACCACAGGGAUACCACAAAGCACAGGUCAGACAAAUGCUGAUAUUACGCUGAGAGCACUUGCUUCACUGAGCCAGUUACAAGCCAAUAGACCUCCUGUAGCAGGGACAGUAAUAAAACCAGUAGGCCUUAAUGAGAAUCCUGUUGCUGGAAUUCUUAGUGGUUUAAAAAAUGUUGUGAUGAAGGUAGUUCCUAGACAACCUGAGAUGCAAUCUACAACAUCUGUUCUACCCACACUGCCCACAGCUACCAUAACAACACUUAUGGGAACUACAAGCAGCCAUGUUGCUGCAUCUUCACAAGGAAGUUGCCCAGUCCAGCCGAGGAAAUUUUCUGUGAUACCCAUCAUAUCUGUUCCUUCCUCUUCUUCUCUAAACAGCAUCUUUACAGCCUCUACUCUCAAUCAGCCCUUAUCUUCUUCUGGUGUCAGUUCUAAGGUUAUUACAAGUACACCACUUAUUAAAACCUGUUUGGACCCCUUCAAUCUGGUGCCCAGAGAACUAGCAGCUUCAAAUCCACCCAUUUGUUUAGAACCUGAUCUGCCUUCUGCGAGUGUGGAUUUGGAAACUGACAUCAGCAAUCAACUGGAUAAUUUAACAAGUUCUGAGAGUCCUUCCCCAAUUUCCAAUGAUAUAUUCAAAGAAGAACCAUCAACUUCUUCGACAGUUUUGACUCAAGAGAUGCUUAAAAUACCAGGCAUAGAGCAGCGUCCAGAUGUUCCAUUGGCAAAACUGCCAGAAGUUUUUGAAAACCUGGCUGACUUAGACAAGACAACUGAUGUAACCCAAUCACCGAAGCCUUGGUGUGGUGUUGAAGAAAGGGAGCCUGAAGGAUCUGUUACUUGUAAUUUGUCCAGUUUGUCACAUGGUGCAGAAUUACGAACUGAUACACCUUCACUCUCUUUGAGAAGUUCUACUAUUGGUGCUAAGAAAUCUACUAGCCCAUUUAAAGUGGAAAUCAAAGACUUCAGAAAAGGCACAGCUGCACUUAAGAAUGUCUAUUCGCUAACAGAGGACAGCACUCUAACAGAACUAGAUUGAAACAGACAAGGUGAUUGCCGUCCUAGCUGUGGAUCAUAUGUUUAUUAUUCUACAUUUUCUGAACCUGACUGGUGUUCUCUUCCUAUUAUCAAUGUUUACUGACAGAUCUUGAUUAUCCCAAGGAUUGCCCUAAACAAAAUUCACUCAGGCUAUCUUGUUGGCUUUUCCAUUAGACUUUUACCAAACAAAUUUAACUGUUAAAGACUGACUGCCUAUCCUUGUUUUCUAUGGGCAUGAUACUCACUUCGGCUAGACCCCAUCAACUGCUGGCCUAUAAAAAACUGGGCCUUUUAGUAAUAUUGGUGUUCAUAAUUUCUUCUAAAUUAUUUAGCAUUUCUGACAGUGUUAGUUACCCCCAGAAGAUUUAAACAAAGGUGUUUUACAAAAGAGAUCAGUAACCGAUUAUUUCUUAAGAUAUUGCAGAUAACAAAAUUGUGAAAAGGUGACACUAGAUUGCUCUAGGAAGAGUCAGAUGGAACUCUUUUGAAGUUAAGCCAAAGCAGCAAUAUUAACAUUAACAUGAGUUAGGCACUUUGUUGUCACUUAAAUCACUUUAUAUUUACAUUUUCUCCCUUCUUGUGAAUUUCCAUGAUUCAUUCACACUGCACUUAGAACACAAUCAAUAUCCUAUGCUGAAGACUUCAAUUGGGGCUAUUAUUUUACCUUGGGGAGGGGGACUCUCUUGUAAAAAGGUUGAGGAUGCCUGUCAGAAAAAGGAGACCUCUCUGGGCGUGGCUCAGGCUUUAUUUGACCCUUAAAAGAUAUCUCUUUAAGAAAGACAUGAAUGCAUUUUUCAUAAUUUCUCCGUGUGAAACCCUCAAAGAUACCUUCGUUGACAACUAAAAAUAGUGGCAUUUCAUCCUGAAUACCCGAGUGAGACCAAACUCCAUGAUUUCAACCCCUAAGCAAGAUGACAAGGAUCCCUGAUUCUUUCACAUGGGAGUACCCUCCCCCUGGUGAGGCCUUCCAAGGGGGGUGGCCAUGUCACAUCCUUUCGUGUACCAAUGUUGCCCAACUAGCAGAGGCAAAUGUCGCCAUCGUUUUUCUGCAUGAAGUCAUAUGUUGCUGUCAAACAGGUUAGCAGGUUAUUUUCCUGUAAAAAUAACCCUCUAAACUAAUGCAGUGCAUGGUUUAAACAUUUAGAAUUUUAUUGUUUCCGAAAUUUACAGACUUUACAAGAGGAUACAAUUUCUAAAUAGGAAAAAAUGUCCGAAAGGGUCGAUGUCACUGUCUUUUCUAGUGCUUCUCUGUGUCACUGUUGAAUGUUAGUGGCCCACUCGAUUUAGUUGUUGCUAAUUAGAAAUUCCCAUGUCGCUGGUUUUCAGGGUUGUGUCGCUUGUCACAUUUACCCCUUGGAAAGCCUCCCUGGUGGGAAUUUCCCCCUUCUGGUGUUUUCUAUCUUUCAUCACUAAAAAGAGUUCUGUAAAAGUUUAGUGGGUAACAUGAGAAUCACAUCAGAUAAUUUGCAAUAUUUAUUACUUGAGAGCUUCAAAGUGCACUAGAUUAGAUGUUGAAAAUUUGCAGUGCAAAAGCUUUCUUGUUUUAAUGAGUUUACUAUUCUUGCUACUGAAAAACUGUCAGUGAUGAAUAAAUCCAUAUCAGAUCAUGUGCAGCUAUUGUGUACUCACAGGUUUAAGGGCAGGUUGUUAGGUCAUGUACAAUAAUUUAUUAUGGUGCAAUUGUUUAGCUAAGAAAUUUAGUUCUUGAAUAUUAUUUGUCAGUAGGUGUAAAUAAGUAGUUUCUCAUUAAACAUCCAUGUAAAUUUCAGUGGAAUUAGAUAAUAAACAUUUGGACAAUUAAACCUUUGUGUCGAUAUAUAAGAUAAAGGUAAAGGGUGUACAGUAAAAGUACACAUUUUGCUGUGAAGUUUUGCUUGAAGAGUUCACAUUGGAAUCACAAAUUGUGCGGCAGCUGUAGUUUUGAAAUUUAUGGGAAAUGUAUGGGAACAAAGAAGAGUUUCAAGUUUGAUCUGCAUGAAAUGAACACACAAGUGGAACACCUUUUCAUAAGAAUGGUUUUGCAUGAAGACUUCUCGCCUUGACAUGGAGACAACAUGUAACUUGGAAAUAGACUAUUGUUUCAGGCAAGGCAUUAAUGGACAUUUUGUCUCACUUUCUGUUUUGUUGCCUCUUAACAAAUCUGACCUAUAUAAAUGCUCAUUUUGUAAAAGUAAAUAAUUGGUGCAAAGGUCACAAUUCAGGUUUUUGUAACUGAGCUUUAAACUUGACAAAUAAAACAAGCUCCUUUGAUUUCUUCAUAAAGAGCUGACUUUAAUUUCAUGUUUUCUAAUAAAAUAUAAUCAAAAUAAAUUAUCAUUAAUUAAAUAUUGUUCCAUUAUUGUCAACAUGUCUGGAUGCCCAGCUAAAAGCCUGCUUGAAUGUACCUGAAAGUUUAAAUGAAAUUACUUACAUAAACCUCCAACAUCAAAGUGGAACUAAUGUAAAAGGUGGGCCAAUGUAAAAGGCCAACAAGCAUUACCAUGACUCAUUGUUUUAUAUAUAUAUAUUUUAAAACACUUACGUACAUGUAUUUCAUAUUUUAUUAAUUAUUAGAUAAGUAAUCAUAGUUAGGUGUCCCCAAUUAUAUACAUUGUAUGUUAGCGACUUCAACACAUCAAUAAAGUUCUUAUCUUCUUUUCUUA